AUGGUAUCACACACAAUUCGUACAAAACCCUCGGCCGAGACAGAUAGAGACACUCACUUGGAGAGAAAGGCCUUCAAGAAAGAGGAGGUGAAAGUCGAGAUUGAAGAUGACAGGUUGCUCCAAAUAAGAGGAGAAAGGAUCGUUGAGAAGGAAGACAAGAACGACACCUGGCACCGGGUUGAACGUAGCCGAGGCAAGUUCAUGAGGAGGUUCAGGUUGCCGGAGGAUGUGAAAAUGGAUCAGGUUAAGGCUUCCAUGGAAAAUGGGGUUCUUACUGUAACUGUUCCUAAAGAGGAAUUGAAGAAACAUGAGGUCAAAACCAUUGAGAUUUCUGGUUAA